AACCCCGGAAAAGCUACGAUUCUGGCUCUUGGGAAGGCCUUUCCUCACCAGCUUGUCAUGCAGGAUUUUCUGGUUGAUGGAUAUUUCAAAGAUACCAACUGUGAUGAUCCAGACCUCAAGGAGAAGCUGGCUCGACUCUGCAAGACAACAACAGUCAAAACUCGGUAUGUGGUCAUGUCAGACGAGAUUCUAAAGAGAUAUCCAGAGCUUGCAAUUGAAGGAAUUCCCACCGUGAAGCAAAGACUAGACAUUUGCAAUGAUGCUGUAACACAGAUGGCCAUUGAAGCUUCACAUGCUUGCAUCAAGAACUGGGGAAGGCCUGCUUCGGACAUAACGCACUUAGUCUAUGUCUCAUCCAGUGAAGCUAGACUACCUGGUGGAGACCUUUACCUAGCAAGAGGACUUGAACUCUCCCCUCAGACUAAAAGAGUCAUGCUUUACUUCUCGGGUUGCUCUGGUGGCGUGGCAGGUCUUCGUGUAGCUAAAGACAUUGCCGAGAACAAUCCAGGGAGCAGAGUUCUGCUUGCUACUUCUGAAACUACUAUUAUCGGCUACAAACCACCAAGUGCACAUAGACCAUAUGAUCUUGUUGGUGUAGCACUCUUUGGUGAUGGGGCUGGAGCUAUGAUCAUUGGCUCAGACCCAAAGCUAGUCUCCGAAAAGCCUCUAUUUGAGCUUCACACAGCCCUUCAGGAAUUCUUGCCCGGCACGGAGAAAACCAUAGAUGGAAGGCUCACAGAAGAAGGGAUUAGUUUCAAGCUAGCUAGAGAGCUUCCUCAGAUAAUCGAAGAUAAUGUGGAGGGGUUCUGUGGAAGAUUAAUGGAUGUAGUUGGGUUCGAUAACAAGGAGUAUAAUAAGAUGUUCUGGGCUGUUCAUCCAGGGGGUCCUGCAAUCUUGAAUCGGAUGGAAAAGCGUCUGGAUUUGUUUCCGCAAAAGCUGAAUGCUAGCAGAAGAGCUCUGAUGGAUUAUGGGAAUGCUAGCAGCAACACCAUUGUGUAUGUGCUUGAGUACAUGAUAGAAGAGAGCAAAAAGAUCAAGAAGAAAGAGCACGCAGAUGGUGAAUGGGGUUUAAUUCUGGCUUUUGGACCUGGUAUAACUUUUGAGGGCAUCCUUGCAAGGAACCUAACUAUCUAA